UUCUGUAUACCACCUUGCGUAUGGAAGUAUGGCGUCCCAGCCGCAGAGCUACUACUCGGCCAAAGUUUACUGCUGAGCGUUUUCACGUGAGAGCGAUGAAUAACUACGCGAACCGAGGGGUCGCUAACGAAGUGCUCGGCGCCUCCAAACACGGGAAAGGGCUUGUUGCAGGAAGCGUCGUCGGUCUGUGGCUGACGGAGUUUCCUCGGUUGAAGUGCGGGUACCACAGGGGAAGAAACUCCGCAAGACGGCAAGAGUGGACGCGGAAGUUUGAAACUAAUUGAACGCUCUCGAUUGGGAAGAAUAAGUUGACAAAGCAUUAAGUUAUGCGGCCAGACGUCUUUUGGUGACUGAUUAAAAGUGCAGUGUUUACCACCACCACCGGCGUGUUAGCGGUCUGUCAGAACCAACUGUUGACUUGUCGAUGUGCCCAAGGCUAACGUUAGCCUCCAUGGCUACCUGCAGCCAACUAACCAGAAAAAGAAAUGUUUCUGUGACUAUUCUGGUGAAAUGCUGUUCCUUGACCACUGAGGUGCUCACGUUCUAUUAAUGUACAAUAAAGACAGACCUAUUGGAGUAAUAGGGAGAUACAGAAUUGGCCCACAUCUUCCGUACUCCAGCAGAGGAUAAACGGAGACAGGGAGACGGGCUCCUGUGUUCAGCCAAUCCCAUCAGCACCUGGUGGUCAACUGUUUGACGGUGAGCCACUGAGUCCAGCUUUGCCAGUCCAGGCUGCGGCCUGGCAUCCUGCCCUUAUGGGGCAGCAGCCGGGGAAGUUUAUAGGGGAACAGAGGAGACCCAGUCUACAAGCCUUCAUUAAGAGUGGAAAGAAGGAGUCUUCACGCCAUGGGACCCAGCACUGUAAUGUUUUUGCUGUGCACGAAGCUCUCCAAAGACCAGACCUCGAAGGCCAGGGUCUGACUGAAGCAGCCCGCUGGAACUCCAAGGAGAAUUUGUUGGCUGGACCAAGUGAAAAUGACCCCAAUUUAUUUGUUGCCCUCUAUGACUUUGUGGCCAGCGGUGACAACACCCUCAGCAUUACUAAAGGGGAGAAGCUACGUGUGCUGGGCUACAACCACAAUGGCGAGUGGUGUGAAGCACAGACUAAGAAUGGCCAGGGUUGGGUCCCAUCCAACUACAUCACACCUGUCAACAGUUUGGAGAAGCACAGUUGGUACCACGGGCCUGUGUCACGCAACGCAGCGGAGUAUCUGCUCAGCUCUGGCAUCAACGGGAGCUUCCUGGUGCGCGAAAGUGAAAGCAGCCCCGGACAGAUGUCGAUUUCUCUGCGGUACGAGGGGAGAGUUUACCAUUACAGGAUUAAUACUGCGUCUGAUGCCAAGCUGUACGUCUCGUCAGAAAGCCGAUUCAACACAUUGGCGGAGCUGGUGCACCACCAUUCCACAGUGGCCGACGGCCUCAUCACCACGCUACACUACCCAGCACCAAAACGCAACAAGCCCACCAUCUACGGGGUUUCACCCAACUACGAUAAGUGGGAGAUGGAGCGCACUGACAUUACCAUGAAGCAGAAGCUGGGAGGGGGCCAGUAUGGAGAGGUCUACGAGGGCGUGUGGAAGAAGUACAAUCUCACUGUGGCCGUCAAGACUCUUAAGGAGGACACGAUGGAAGUGGAGGAGUUUCUUAAGGAGGCUGCUGUUAUGAAAGAGAUCAAACAUCCCAACCUGGUACAACUACUGGGCGUGUGCACACGGGAGCCGCCGUUCUAUAUAAUCACAGAGUUCAUGACCCAUGGAAAUCUACUCGACUACCUGAGGGAGUGCAACAGAGGGGAGGUGAACGCUGUGGUGCUGCUCUACAUGGCCACACAGAUCUCCUCUGCUAUGGAGUACCUGGAGAAAAAAAACUUCAUACACAGGGACUUGGCCGCCCGUAACUGUUUAGUUGGGGAAAACCACCUGGUGAAGGUCGCUGACUUUGGUCUGAGCAGACUAAUGACUGGAGACACCUACACAGCUCACGCUGGGGCCAAGUUUCCAAUCAAAUGGACUGCUCCAGAGAGUCUGGCCUACAAUAAGUUUUCUAUUAAGUCUGAUGUUUGGGCAUUUGGUGUGCUAUUGUGGGAGAUUGCCACCUAUGGCAUGUCUCCUUACCCUGGCAUAGACCUGUCCCAGGUCUACGAACUGUUGGAGAAAGACUACCGCAUGGACCGACCAGAGGGCUGCCCUGAGAAAGUGUAUGAGCUCAUGAGGGCCUGUUGGAGGUGGAUCCCUUCAGAACGUCCAUCUUUUGCUGAAACACACCAGGCUUUUGAGACAAUGUUUCAGGAGUCCAGCAUCUCUGAUGAGGUUGAAAAGGAACUUGGGAAGAAAGAGAAGAAGGUUUUGUGUCCCGUCCAACAGGCUCCAGAGCUCCCCACUAAGACCAGAACACUGCGCAAAAACAUGGACAACCGGGAUGGAGAUAGUCCCGAGUCAGUGGAGCCAGAAGCAGCAGUGUCUUCACCCAUGCUCCCUAGGAAAGAGCGCCCCCUCCUGGACAGUACCCUGAAUGAAGAUGACCGUUUGCUUCCCAAAGACAAGGACAAGACCCGCGGCAGUGGCUUCCUCAGCCUCAUUAAGAAAAAGAAAAAGAAUGCACCUGCUCCACCCAAACGUAGCUCCUCCUUCAGGGAAAUGGACAUGCACAGUGACAGGAGGGGCAUGGCUUCAGAUCCUCGAGACAGUGAUGCCUUCAACAACGGUGCCAUUAAUGACAGCACACAUGGGCCCGAGUCCUCAAAGUUGCUAGGUACUAACAACGGACCAGGAAGCAUCACUAAUGGGGCCCCCACCUAUCCGGGACCUCUGUUCCCACGGAAGAAAGGAGGCCCAGUAGUGCCUGGUCUGGGGGGCAAGACAGCUACCACACCGCCUAGUGAGGAUGAAUCAAUGUCUAACACCAAGCGUUUUCUCUGGUCCUCCUCUGCCUCAAAUGUGCCCACCGGCUCUGACGGCACUGAGUGGAAGUCUGUUACACUGCCGCGAGACCUGAGCCAGCGGCACUUUGACUCAGGCACCUUUGGUGGUAAGCCAGCUCUGCCGCGCAAGCGAGCUAGCGAGAACAAAGGAGAAAAUGUCCCUCGGAUGGGAGCCCUGACCCCCCCACCCCGUCUGCCAAAGAAAGCAGAAGAAACCGAUGAGGCGUUGAAAGAUAAUGAGUCUAGUUCUCAGGCAGUAACACCUAAGCUGGUCACAAGACCAGGAGUGCAGGGUCUAGAGAACUCAAAGACCAGCGCUCUCUCCGCUGAGCUUCUCAAGCCCAAUGUCUUCCCAGCUCUUGGUGCCGCCGGGGAGGAGUGCAGGGCCCGUCGAAACAAGCUUACGGUGGACUCUGCUUCUGUCAAGGAAAGGGGAAAAUUCCAGAAAGCCAAGCCAGCACCACCACCACCUCCCCCUUCCAAUGCCAAACCAAACAAGAUCUCCCGUAGCCCCACACAAGAACUGCCCUCUCCAUCCGCCGCCUCAGAUAUUAAGGCUAAGGGCCUCCCCUCAGUCUCAGAGCCACAGCAUGCAUCGACUACCAGUGACCAAGCACGCACACCCCUUAGUGAGGGAACAAAGAAGUUGCCUCUGAGCUCCACCUCCAAACCUCAGCCGUUGAAGACCUCCUCUUCAUCUACAUCUGUGACCACCUCUGCCUCUUCCCAGAGCUUAGGCUUGCCUUCCUCGCUCACCUCCCCAGGCGAUCUGGCUUCACCCACUACCUUCAUCCCCCUAGUGAACACACGGCGCUCUCUCCGCAAGACUGUACCCCGCCAGCCGGCCGAACGCACACCCAACUCAGCCGUGACACGCGAAAUGGUGCUGGAGGGCGCCGAGCGUCUCCGCGCCGCAAUUUGCCGCAACUCUGAGCAGACGGGCAGCCACAGCGCUGUGCUGGAAGCCGGCAAGAACCUGUCCAAAUACUGCGUCAGCUACGUCGACUCCAUCCAGCAGAUGAGGAACAAGUUCGCGUUUCGCGAGGCCAUCAACAAGCUGGAGAACAGUCUGCGUGAGCUGCAGAUCUGCCCCACUGCCACAGGGGGCGCUAAUACACCACAGGACUUCAGCAAGCUGCUCUCAUCUGUCAAAGAAAUCAGCGACAUUGUUCAGAGGUAGCGUUGUAGAACGUGUAAUUACGAGACUUGACGUAACCGUCUUACUGGCCUUUUCUGAGUUCAUGACUGAGAGCGACGGGUGCAGCUCGCUGCAGAGGUGUGUGGGAUUCCCAUGACACCGCGCUUUGAAUUAUUUAGCCUGUGGUUAUUGUGGGUGGAGUCAAAAUAACUUUUGUUUCAGAAAGUUUGUAAUAUGGAAACUAUGAAUGAACAGUAUUUGUUGGCCUUAAUGAGAGCCUUGUAUUGGGGCCAAUUCCUUGUCAACUUUUCACCAUUUGUGUUGAAAAUGAUCGUCUCUUAUGUAUUCUUCUCUCCUCUUAUUAGCACACAAGAAUCCUGUGAUAUUUCUCUUUUUAAUGCUGGCGACAAUGUGCUUCAUCUUCUUCUGUAAUACAAACUGAUCUCUUAAUUUUCACCUCUAAGUUUGAUUUAUUUACUCAGUAUUUAUAACCUGAUUCCCAUCUUUAUACCAUUUCAUCAUUGAUCACUUUGUGAAAACAGUGAUUGCAGUUUUUGCAGCCAUGUGCCUUUAACACACCACAAUGAAUUUAUGUGUUCCCAUGUACAUGUUGAGAACAAAUGGUGCCUUAAACACUGCUGGCAAAAUUGUCCGACUUGCCAUUUAAAGAAAACCAUGUGGAACUUUGAUUUUAGCUGGUUUUGUCAAGUGCCUGAGAAUAGUUGGAGAUAAAUAUUUGACCUCAUACCAAAAACCUUUGUCUCCUGUAUGAAAUGGAAAUUAUCUUUAACUCUGUACUGUUUUUUUUUUUUCUUCUUCUUGAAGCUGCAGUGUGUAGGAUUUAUUGGCAUAAAUUAAUAUAGCAUUCGUAUCUGUUAGUGUAUAAAUUACCUGCAUCAAACUCGUGUUUUCCUAAAUUUAGACUGAGCCCUGCAUGAACACAGGAGCAGGCCCCCUCAUGGAGGCCACCAUCUCGAUACAGUAGCCCAAAAGGGACAUAUUUACUCACAUUUUGCAGCAUCACUAGAAGACUGAAGAAAAAAAGUUUGCUCCUGUUUGAGAACCCUUGUUUUCAUGAAAUUAUGGAUCAUAAGUCCCCAACACCAGAGAAGCAACAAAUGUGAAAGGAAGCAAAAUCACAAUGGCAUAAUGCAAUCUGCAACCUCACCACUAGAUGUCACUCAGUCCUACACACUACACCUUUAAAUUUUACUUUCUUCUAGAAGCCAUCAAAAGCCAUCAGUGGCUGCUUGGCCACCAAGCAGUAUGGUAGAUGCUUUGUUCGUUUUUGUGACCCCUGGUAAAGCACAGUGGGUUUUUUCACCUCAUUUUCAGAGGACUCAUGUCAAAGUUUAAACGCUGUUUCAGAUGCCUUUCUACUCCAGGAAAGAGAUCCUGUGGGAAACACUGGACUGAAAUGUCUGAAUUUCUGUCACUUGCUGUCUUUAAAUAAUGUGUAGUUGCCAGUUCCACUGUAUCAUGUUGCUUCGUGCCUAUUCUGUAGCUCAUGGACACUUUCCAGUAAUAGUGCUGUAGUCGUUUCACCCGGAGUGCCAUCUGACUGCGACGUUCGAGGACACACGUGAACUGCAAGCUGCCUCGAAUUCAUUACGGUACUGUCAGUGUCAGCUGAAACUUUAUUUUUUAAAAAUUGUGCCUUUAUCAAUCAUACCACUAUUGUGUCUCAGCCUCCUCAGUUUGUAGACAGAAUUGCCUUUGUAAAUAUGUUCCUUCCUCUGUGCAAUUUUUGUUGCAAUAAAAUACAAAAGCAGUUGUCCUACUUGAAGUACAAAA